CUUAAACAUCAUGAUUUUACAUUUUUCAUUUUAUUCUCAGUAUUCUCCUCUUUAGUUGUGCAAAUGCUUUAAGCAGCAAUUUGAUGUUUCAUUUCUUUUACCAAGCCGAUAAAAUUAUCCCAGAGUUUUUUUUUUCUUUUUCUUUUUUAAUCUUACUACUAAAGCUGGCGCUUGCAGGUUAAAUGAGGGACAAGCUGUUUUGUUUUUCAACAGUGCUAUUUCGAUAGGCCAGUUUUCCUGCUAGACUUAGCCUGUGGAGGUGGUUGGUAGGUAGGCUGGUAGGUGUGUGUUGUGUACGUGAGGACAGUGUGUGCAGCUGAAAGCCGGUUACCUAAAGGGGCUGUGCCAGGCCAGGCCAAAGUGGGUUAAUAAAAAUAACCAGCGUAGGAGCAGCGACAAUCCAGGAGUGCAGGCAGAGGAGUUACAGAGAAUGAGAGAGAAGGGAUAGACAGUCAGUGGCGUGAGUAGGAAAGGAUCAGACGCUUAGCUUUCUGAAGGUUAUGAGGACGACAAGAUGGAGUUCCCAGACCACAGCAGACAUUUACUCCAGUGUCUGAGUGAGCAGCGCCACCAGGGCUUCUUGUGCGACUCCACGGUGCUGGUGGGAGAUGCCCAGUUCCGUGCCCACCGCGCUGUGCUGGCCUCUUGCAGCAUGUACUUCCACCUCUUCUACAAGGACCAGCUGGACAAGCGAGACGUGGUGCACCUCAACAGCGACAUCGUCACGGCCCCGGCCUUCGCCCUGCUCCUGGAGUUCAUGUAUGAGGGAAAACUGCAGUUCCAGGCCUUGCCCGUAGAGGACGUGCUGGCGGCAGCCAGUUACUUGCACAUGUAUGACAUUGUCAAGGUGUGUAAGAAGCGUUUGAAGCAGAAGGCCACAGCUGAGGCAGACAGCACACGUCGGGAGGAUGACGGCGGAUCCAGCUGCUCCGACAAGGCUGACAGUUUAUCAGACGGCUCCACGGGCCGGCCCGCCACCGCCGACCUCCUGCCCAGCGACGAAGAGGAGGAUGGAAGCAAGGCUGAGGGAGGAGCUCUGUGGCUCAGGCUGCCCUCCACAGAGAGGCCCGGGACGCCGGCCACAGCUGCAGCCAGCCCUGGGCACGGGGAGGCUGAGAUGCAGAGUGGGGAAGGUCUGGGCGAGGGAGGGAAGCUGCUUUCCCCAGCCGGCAGCCCCACCAGCUCCACCGGAUCUCUCUCCCAGAGGUCCCAGCGCUCGGUGAGCUCUCGUGGUGGUCGGCGGGGUAGGAGAGUGUCAACAGAUGCGGCCGACUGCGUCCUGGACCUGUCGGUCAAGCCGGUCGCCGGUAGCAACCACAGUAACCACCACCAGUCGUAUUUCAGCGGGGCAGCGACGCCAGACAGCCUGCAGAGCCCAUUGGCCGUGAGGGUCAAGGUGGAGAGGGGCGUGGCUUCAGAUGAGGAAGAGGAGUUGGGGGGUGGGGACUAUGACAUGGAGCACAGCGGCAUCACCAAGGCAACAGGCCCGAGUGCCAACGGGGGUCUCAACCACCACGGGGUCGGGGGACCUCUGUCGGCCCAGCGGAGACUCGGCCUGGAAGCUCACCUGUCGGCUCUGCGCGAAGCAUCUCUGGCCACCGAGCUGGAGAGGGAGGAAAAGGCCCCGGCGGCGGGAGAGGACGAGGACAUGCUGGGGGGCGACAGCGACCGCACCCAGGCCGAGGCGGCCAGCAUGGAUAGCUCCUUGCUGCCCUACGUCUCCAACAUGCUGUCAGCGCCCCACACCCAGAUCUUUAUGUGCCCGCUGUGUAACAAGGUCUUCCCCUCCCCGCACAUCCUCCAGAUUCACCUCAGCUCCCACUUCAGGGAGCAGGAGGGCAUCCGCUCCAAGCCCGCCGGAGACGUCAACGUGCCCACCUGCUCCAUCUGCGGCAAGACCUUCUCCUGCAUGUACACAUUGAAGCGCCAUGAGCGGACACACUCCGGCGAGAAACCAUAUACCUGCACCACCUGCGGCAAGAGCUUCCAGUACUCUCACAACCUCAGCCGCCACGCCGUGGUACACACACGCGAGAAGCCGCAUGCAUGCAAGUGGUGCGAACGGCGCUUCACGCAGUCGGGGGACCUCUACCGACACAUCCGCAAGUUCCACUGCGAACUGGUCAACUCGCUGUCGGUGAAGAGCGAACCGCUGGCACUGCCCAAUGUCAGGGACUGGGCGAUCGAGGACAGCUCCCAGGAACUGUGGAAGUAGACAGAGACUACUUGGGCGCAUGAAGGGAGAGAGAGAGAGAGAGAGAGAGGGCAAGGGAGGAAGGGCAGAGAGGCCAGACGCGGUGGCAGAGAGGUGGCGAGGGUUGAUAUUGAGGGAUGAAAUCAGUUAUGUUUCUUGUACGUUGCAAAUCUCAUUCAAUUGCACUUUAAUAGCACAUGAAAAUGUUACUACUGAGUUUUGUUGUUUUGUUUCGGGUCGCUUUGUUUUAUUCUGUUCAGUUCUGAUUUUUCUUAUAAUUAUUUUGUGUCAGUUCUGUUUGUUGCUUUUUUUUUAUUGUGUCUAAGAACAUGGGUCCCGGUGAGAACAUCUUGCCUUUAAAGAGUUUCACUUUUGUUUGUGUUUCAUCUCAGACACAACACUCCAAACACUGGCCAGCGGAAACGGUCCCAGUUCCUUAGACAGCGAACCCACUGAAAGAGUUCAGGUCAAACACACUGAAGUGAAAAAAAAAAAAAAAAAAAAAAAACAUUACAAUACACUAAACGGGUACUGUGAUCAUCAUGAGUCAAUACCAUUACACACACACACACUGUUUGAAGACGUGUGUGUACAAUACUGCACUACUCGGGCAAAAUUUCACCUGACGCGUGUGAGCGUGUGUUUGUGUGCGUUAAGAGUGUGUGUUGUGUGUAUUAAUUUUAUUUUCUACUGGCAUGGAGGUGUCGUUGGCGAAGCGCUCCCCGCUUCUCUUGUUUAGCUCUUUGGUGUUGUGUGUUAAGGGGAAAGCUGAGGAACUGACAGACUGAUGGCACUCAUGCAAUGCACAGCCUCCUUUUUUCACUUCCAGUCAAUUUGAAGUAUUUUCUAAGAAUUGAGAAGACCUUUAGAAAUGAUUAUAAUUAUUAUUAUUAUCAUUAUUAUUAUUGUUGUUGUUGUUAUAGAAUUUUUUUCUUAAAUCUAGCUGGCAGUCUUUAAAACAUCUCUUGUUAAAAAAGGUAUUUAAUUUAAGGUUGUUGUAUAUUGUUACGCUAUAGUUUUAAAACCUUAAUCAUUUAUUAAUUUUUUAAAUUAUGAUUAUUAUUAUUAUUUUUGUUUUUUUUUUUCUUUUUCAUUUUUUUUUUUUAAUGGAACCUGCUGUUGUUGCAUGACGUCCAAACCUGUAUAUUUAAAAAAAAAAAUGUGAAUUUGCUGUAUUACUGUACACAUUGUAAUUGAUCAAAUAUUUGACAACAGGCUUUCUUUUCUUUUCUUUGUGAAUACUACUCCAGGGUGCGGUCUGUUGAAAAACUGAAUAUUAUUCUCACAGCUAUGGAAAAAAAUGCAUGACAAUAUGAUUUUGUCUUAUACCUUUUCAGUUGUGUUUUUUGCAUCGGGCGGGGGGACGUGGUUAGGAGUACAUUUUGAACGUUAGACUUGGACAGUGAAAAGGGGUAUGUUGGAUUUUUUCUACUCGUGGUGGGUCUGCCACUGGGCUCCUAGAAGAAUGUUAUAGAAUGUGUUUCUGUCGGAUGGUGAAGCGAAAUGAAGCAUUUUAAGCCUGUGUGUAUAUGCACUGAUCUCUGCUGUGUGUGUGCCUGUGUGUGUGUGUGUGUGUGUGUGUGUGUGUGAAUGAGCACGUUUGUGUGACUAGUUUAUCACUAGUCAGUGUAACCUACUGAAGAUCUCCGUCCACCCAGCACUUCCUCCUCCUCCUCCUCCUCCUCCUCAGGCGUUAAAUUUGUCCACUGCUGUAUGUUUGUAUUCCACGUUUUCCAUCUCCGUCUCCAUCCUCCCCACCUCUAGACUCGAUCAAGCCGUUUCUUAAUUAAUUCCGCUCAUCGGGCACUUAUUUCAGGUCUGCGAGUGCUGUGCGUGGCUCUGGCGUGGCUAAGAUGUGAGUAAGAAAUGGGAGAGAAAGAAGGAGUGAGGCUGAAACUGAGCUGUCCUGCUGAAAGUUUAAGGGUCAGAUAUCUUUUUCACACCGGUUCGUGAAGCUGCGCUGCGCCGGGCCGCGCUGACUCAGUAAAAUGACCCGGCCCAGCUCAGCACAGCACAGCUCACAUAGGACACGGUGGUGUGAAACGGAUAAAACAACUAUGUAUGUGUGUGUGUGUGUGUGUGUGUGUGGGAGUGAGUGAGCGAGAGCACACACCCGCAUGUGUGUUUUCUACUGAAAACAUAAUCCUUACUUUGGAAUGGGAGAGAAUUGGCAUGCCUGAUUGCACCUUUUUGAGAUAAAUGACAUGAAAAUCAGAUUUUUGCUGAAAAGAUGCCUUUAUUAUUAAAAAAAGAAAAAGAAAAAAAGAAAGUGGAACAGUAUUUGAUACUGUAUAGAAUUGAGAAGGAGUUGUUUGAAAUGUUUGAAUUUAAUGAAUUGAUCAGAAAAUGAUGUCUUAUAUUUUGAUCGUGAUUGGAAAAGUUAUUUGUUUUUGUAUUUGAAUGUUGUAUUUGGGUGGGGCUACUCCAGUGUAAUGUUCAGUUUUUCAAUCUCCUGUUUCUUUUUCUUUUUUUUUUUUUUUUUUUUUUUUUAAUAUAUAAUGGUCAACAUUAUGGUAAGCGUCCAUACAAUCCACAACAUGUGAUAUAGGCUGAGAUGUUGAAAGUGAAUGCUCCACAUUUCUCUUAUUGGCACUCCUUCAAGAUCAACCCCUCGAGGUGCUUGUGUGUGUGUGUGUGCGCGUGUGUGUGUGUGUACCUCCGUGUGGUGGGUGGGGUGGAUGUACGUGUGGGGUUCUCUGUGCCACCCUGUCAUCUGGUGGCACGUUUAGGCUCUGCCAACUCAACAGUGCGGUGACACUGCGGCAAUUUGCACCGUGUCAUCAACCAAUCUCCCGUUUUCUCGAAACGUUAUUAUUUCACUGGCAGCGUCUCCGCAAAUGGGUUCACUCGAUCCUGCUGUUGUUUUCAUCAUUAUUGGUGUGUUGUUGUAUUUUUUUUCUCUGUUCUGUUCCUCUGGUUGUACUUGACCGCCUUAAACUGCUGUAGUCGGGGCUGUUUAAGUGUGAGUGUGGGGUGGAGGUGCGAGUGGAAUUAUGGGAGUGAUGUCAACUGCUCAAGACGCUGUGAACUAACCAGCCUGGCAAGACAUCUCCAUCAUCUUUGCUGUGCUUACUUGAAAAACAAGGGGGAGGUUUUAGCAUGGUAUAAAAAUAAAAAAAAAAAAUAAAAAAAUGUUCAAAUGUCGUAGACAAUUUAUGGAGAGGCAGAAGGGUUUGAGGGUGGGGGUGGGGGCGGGAGGGGGGCAGGAAAUGAGUGAGUCUGUUUGAAAAGGACAAUCACUGUCUGGGAAAAAGAAGCAGAUUUUGAUUAAAAUAUAUUUGCUCCCCCUUGAGAUUUUUUUUUUUCCGUUGCUUUUCUUUUAUGUUGUUAUUUUUACAGAUUUAGUCAUUUUUAGCUUUGACAAUCAUAGUUGGGUUUGAUUUUUUUUUUCCGCUCAAGGGGAGUAAAUUCUAAUUGUGUUUAGUUUUGUAAUUUUUUGGUGUGCUGUUGUUGACAUUUUUAAAUUGUGUGCAAACUGCAAUAAAUUAUAAGAAUCUUGAAA